CAAAUUAGGCCAUCCAAGCCACUUUCAUUAUUUAAAUCAAAGUAAGACAUACGAACUUGAAGGAGUGAGCAAUGCGGAGGAAUAUAUGAAGACAAGGAGGGCAAUGGAUAUUGUUGGAAUCAGUCAUGAGGAUCAGGAAGCUAUUUUUCGCACCUUGGCUGCUAUUUUGCACCUGGGAAACAUUGAAUUUACCCCUGGAAGAGAGCACGAUUCUUCAGUUAUUAAAGAUCAGAAAUCUACGUUCCAUUUGCAGACGGCUGCUGAUCUUUUUCGGUGUGAUGUGAACCUCUUGUUGGCGACAUUGUGUACUCGUACCAUUCAAACCCGUGAAGGUAGUAUUGUUAAAGCUCUUGAUUGUAAUGCUGCUGUGGCUAGUCGGGAUGCAUUGGCAAAGACAGUUUAUUCUCGAUUGUUUGAUUGGCUUGUUGAUAAGAUUAAUUUGUCUGUGGGCCAAGAUCCGGAUUCCCGUGUACAAAUUGGAGUUUUGGACAUCUAUGGAUUUGAAUGCUUUAGGCAUAAUAGUUUUGAGCAAUUUUGCAUUAAUUUUGCAAAUGAAAAGCUUCAGCAGCAUUUCAAUGAGCAUGUAUUCAAGAUGGAACAGGAUGAGUAUAAGAAAGAAGAAAUUAAUUGGAGCUACAUCGAAUUUAUAGACAACCAAGAUGUUCUGGAUCUGAUUGAGAAGAAACCCAUUGGGAUCAUUGCUCUCUUGGAUGAAGCUUGCAUGUUCCCAAAAUCCACACAUGAAACAUUAUCGACCAAAUUGUUUCAGAAUUUUCGAGGUCACCUGAGAUUGGAGAAGGCUAAGUUUUCAGAAACAGAUUUUACUGUUUCCCAUUAUGCUGGCAAGGUUACUUAUCAAACAGAUUCCUUUAUAGACAAAAACCGGGAUUAUGUUGUAGUAGAACAUUGUAAUCUCUUGGCUUCUUCUAAAUGCCAAUUCGUGGCGAGUCUUUUCCCUUCACCUCCGGUGGAAUCUUCAAGAUCAUCGUACAAAUUUUCUUCAGUCUCCACAAGAUUUAAGCAACAACUUCAAGCACUCAUGGAAACCCUCAACUCAACAGAACCUCAUUAUAUACGCUGUGUGAAGCCAAACUCAUUGAACCGACCUCAAAAAUUUGAGAACCUCAGUAUCCUUCAUCAACUGCGUUGUGGGGGUGUUCUGGAGGCUGUUCGAAUAAGUCUAGCUGGCUAUCCAACUCGACGAACUUAUUCUGAAUUUGUGGAUCGCUUUGGCUUGUUAGCUUCAGAUUUCAUGGAUACAAGUUAUGAUGAAAAGGCAUUAACAGAAAAAAUUCUGCAGAAGUUAAACCUUCAAAAUUUUCAGUUGGGCAAGACAAAAGUGUUUCUUAGAGCUGGUCAGAUAGGUGUUUUAGAUUCACGACGGGCUGAGGUUUUGGAUACAUCUGCGAAAUGUAUUCAGCACCGUCUGCGGACAUUUAUUGCACGUAGGAAGUUUAUUUCAGCCAGGGUUGCUGCAAUUGCACUCCAAGCAUAUUGUAGAGGAUGCCUUGCUCGAAAGAUGUUUGCUGCAAGAAGAGAGGCAGCAGCGGCUGUUUGUUUACAGAAAUAUGCCCGGAGGUGGCUAUUGAGGCAUGCUUAUCUGAAACUAUUCUCGGCAGCUGUUUUUUUACAGUCCAACAUCCGUGGCUUUUCAACUCGUCAAAAGUUUUUGCAUGGAAAGAAGCAUCGAGCUGCCACUGUGAUCCAGGCUCAUUGGAGAUUGUACAGAUUCCGCUCUGCUUUCCAUAAUUAUAAAAAAUAUAUCAUUGCAAUACAAUGUCGUUGGAGGCAAAAACUUGCAAAAAGAGAACUCCGAAGGCUUAAGCAAGAGGCUAAUGAAGCAGGUGCCUUACGGUUAGCUAAGAACAAGCUUGAAAAGCAAUUAGAAGAUCUCACAUGGCGACUGCAUCUAGAAAAACGAAUGCGGGUUUCCAAUGAAGAUACGAAGUCAGUUGAAAUUUCAAAACUUCAGAAAGCAUUGGAAUCUUUGAAGCUUGAGUUAGAUGCAGCUAAGCUGGCAACAAUUAGUGAGUGCAACAAGAAUGCAGUGUUGCAAAAUCAAUUGGAAUUAUCAAGAAAAGAAAAAUCUUCUUUUGAAAAGGAACUUACUAUGAUGGCUAAAAUGAGAAAGGAAAAUGCAUUACUUAAGAGUUCUUUGGAUACCUUGGAAAAGAAGAAUUCUUCCCUGGAGCUUGAGCUCAAGAAGGCUAUAAAAGAUGCCAAUGAUACGGUUGAAAAACUGCAGGAAUUGAAACAAAAGAAUUUUGAGCUCCAGAAUAAUAUGAAAAGUCUGGAGGAGAAGCUCUCACAUUUAGAAGAUGAAAAUCUUGUUCUACGACAAAAAGCAUUGACCCCGUCCCCGAAGAGCAACCGUGCUAGCUUUCUAAAGUCAUUUUCAGAAAAAUAUGGUAGUGCACUUGGUCUUCCUCAGACUGACCGGAAGCAAGCAUAUGAAUCUCCCACACCUUCAAAACUUAUUGUACCAUUCUCACAUAGCAUGUCAGAAUCAAGAAGGCUGAAACUAACAGCAGAGAGACAACAGGAAAAUUAUGAAUUUCUUUCAAGAUGUAUCAAAGAAAAUUUGGGGUUUCACAAUGGUAAACCGCUGGCUGCUUGUAUCAUAUACAAAUGUCUUCAUUAUUGGCAUUCCUUUGAGUCUGAACGGACUGCUAUAUUUGACUACAUAAUAGAAGGAAUCAAUGAUGUUCUGAAGGUUGGGCCUGAAAAUGUAACCUUACCUUAUUGGCUGUCCAACACCUCAGCACUUCUGUGUCUGCUGCAAAAAAAUUUACGAUCAAAUGGCUUUCUUUCUGCUGCAACUCAGCGUUCUGGAGGAAAUACUGGUUUAGCUGGGAGGGUUUCCUAUGGUCUAAAAUCCCCUUUCAAAUACCUCGGGUUUGAGGAUGGUAUGUCACAUAUAGACGCAAGAUAUCCAGCAAUACUAUUCAAACAACAACUAACAGCCUGUGUUGAGAAGAUUUUUGGCUUGAUUCGUGACAACAUUAAGAAAGAAUUAUCUCCGCUUUUGGGACUCUGCAUUCAGGUGCCAAAAAAUGCACGAAUGCUUGCUGGGAAAUCAAGAUCUCCUGGAGGGUUUACCCAACAGUCACCUAGUAGUCAAUGGGAUAGCAUCAUCAAAUUCUUGGAUUCCCUUAUGGAUCGUUUACGUGAAAAUCAUGUAUCCUCUUUCUUCAUUCGUAAGCUAAUAACUCAGGUUUUCUCCUUCAUCAAUAUGUCUCUUUUCAACAGUCUUUUGCUUCGACGAGAAUGUUGCUCGUUCUCAAAUGGAGAAUAUGUUAAAUCUGGCCUAGCAGAACUAGAGAAAUGGAUAGUCAAUGCAAAGGAGGAGUAUGCAGGAACCUCAUGGCAUGAGCUAAACUAUAUUAGACAAGCUGUUGGUUUUCUGGUAAUACAUCAGAAGAGAAAAAAAUCUUUGGCUGAGAUUAGUAACGAUUUGUGUCCGGCAUUGACUAUUAGGCAAAUUUACCGAAUAAGUACUAUGUACUGGGAUGACAAAUAUGGUACCCAGAGUGUGUCAAAUGAGGUUGUUGCUGAAAUGAGGGAGAUGCUGAACAAGGACAGCCAAUAUCUGGCCUCAAACUCAUUCUUACUGGAUGAUGAUCUCAGCAUUCCGUUCUCAACGGAAGAUAUAGAUAUUGCAAUACCAGCAAUAGACCCUUCCUCCAUUGAACUCCCUGAAUUCCUAUCGGAAUAUUCGUGUGCACAGUGUCUAAUGCAGAAUCAAAAGUAAGUCCACCACGUGAUUCUGAAGCAGCUAUUUGAACCCACAGUAGAGUUCGUGUUGAAAGUUAAUGCAUCGAAGAUAAAAGAUUUGCGCUGCAAAGAAUCUAAAAACUAGUGAAAAUACAUCUAUAAUCUCCCAUCUCUCUUGAUGGAAUCCACAUUGGGUAGUUUAGGCAUAAGCCAUUUGUAUGGUUUUGAAUUGAGAAGGAUGCUUCUUGUUUUUUUCACCUGUGAAGCUUGUCCUCUCCUUUUUCAUCCUUCAGUCACAUUUGGUUUUAACUGUAGAAAUGCUUUCAUGUUGUAUUCCUAUGCCUGUACAAAGAACGUUUAGAUUGUACAUAGAAUUGCCAUUAAUGCUCUU